AUGGUUGGGUCACCAGUUUGCUCUUACCUUCCAAAGGGCUCAAAGGAGUUCUUCUUGUCUUUGAAUCAACUUGAGAUCCUAGAUUUGAGCUAUAACCGUUUUUCUGGAGAGCUACCACUUUCUCUACCAUCCAGCAGUAUCCAGACAGUUGAUUUGUCCAGCAAUCACUUCUUUGGUGCAAUUCCAUCUUCAUUCUUCCAACAAGCAAGCAACUUGACAAGUUUCAAUGUCAGCAACCUUGCUCUUGGGCUAGGGAAGUGUUCUGAAUUGCAGGUUUUUUGUGCCGGUCACAAUAACCUCUCAGGAUUACUUCCAGAAGAUAUCUAUAAUGCUACUAAACUUGAAGAAAUUUCAUUGCCUUUCAAUUCACUACAUGGAGCCAUUAGUGAUAAAAUUGUCAACCUUACCAACCUUGCCAUCCUUGACCUCUCCUUUAAUCAUUUUGGGGGCGAGCUUCCUCUCAAUUUGGGGAAGCUCUCCAAGUUGAAGUUUGUGACCUUUGAUUUCAACAAUUUAGAAGGUGCUUUGCCCCCAUCUUUGAUUAAUUGCACAAACCUUGUAGAACUACGUUUGGAAAACAACACCUUGGAAGGAGAUAUCUCCAUGCUUGAUUUCUCAAGACUUAGUCAACUUACUAAACUUGACCUAAGGGUCAAUAACUUCACUGGUACAAUUCCAGUAAGCCUUUACUCAUGUAGGUCCUUAAAAGCCAUUCGAUUGUCCAAAAAUCAUCUAGAGGGACAAAUACAAGCUGAGAUUCUUUCAUUGAAAUCCUUGUCCUUCCUCUCACUUGGUGGCAACCGAUUCACCAACCUCACAUGGGCAGUGAAGAUAUUGAUGAGUUUUAAAAGUCUUCACACACUCAUGCUUGCUGGUUCCUAUGAAGGUGAGGGAAUGCCAUCUGAUGAUGACAUGGUUGAUUUUGACGGAUUCCAAAAUCUUCGGCGUUUUAGUUUGGCUGGUUCUGACCUCAAUGGUCAAAUACCUUUAUGGUUAUCAAAGCUCAAGAAUCUAGAGCUGUUAGAACUAGGUUUCAAUCAAAUCACAGGGCCAAUUCCAAGUUGGUUGGGGACUCUUCCUAGGCUGUUUUAUAUAAACUUGUCAAAUAAUCGAAUUUCAGCAACGAUAGUCUUAUCUAACAAUAACAUUAGUGGUGAUAUACCUACUGAGAUCGGCCAGUUACAACUUCUCCAGGAGUUGUAUCUUGACUCCAACAACUUCUCCGGCGUCAUUCCAGACCAAAUAUCUAACCUGAAAAAUUUGGAGGUUUUGAACCUCUCCAUGAAUCUCUUGUCUGGAAUAAUCCCAUCAUCAUUGGUGAGCCUUAAUUUCUUAAGAGAAUUUAAUACCUCGUACAAUAAUCUUGAAGGACCAAUACCAAUAGGCACCCAGCUCCAAAGCUUCAACGCUUCUGCCUUUGAGGGGAAUCCAAAACUUUGUGGUGUCCCACUUCCAAAUAAGUGCGAACCAAAUAAGUGCAUUGAUGCAGAUAACAAGAACAACAAAGACGAGGGCAAUGGGCAUCAUCAACUUCCAUGGUUUUAUAUUUUUGUUGUGUUGGGGUUCAUAGUAGGAUUUUGGGGAGUCUGUGGUUCUUUAGUUAUUAACAACACAUGGAGAUAUGCAUAUUUUCGAUUCAUAGACAAUGUACAAGAUAGGCUUUAUGUGAUGGUAACAGUGUGCAUCAACACGAUGAAAAGAAGGCUUAGAGGCUAG